CAGAAGUUGGUGAGGGGUUGUCACACGAGAGUUAAAGAUAAUAGCUCUGGUGGUGGACUGACAUAAGAGAGAAGUGGGCUGCUUGUUGAAGACACAUUUUAGUUAUGGAUACAAAUUCUACAUACAUGUUGACCUUGGAAUCACUGGCCAUAGCUCCAUCAUGUGUUUAUCCAGCAUUUAUUUUUGGAACUCUUACAUACUGCUUCAUUGUAUUUUGCAACAUGACAGUUUUAGCUACCAUAGCCCUGGACAGGAAGUUGCAUAAACCAAUGUUUAUCCUUCUCUUCAACUUGCCUAUCAAUGACCUAAUAGGUGCUACAGCCUUGUUCCCUCAGCUGGUUAUGAGCAUCCUGACUCAGAACAGCUCCAUCUCUUACCCUGCAUGUUUCAUCCAAGCUCUGCUGAUCCACCUGUACGGAGUGGGUUCCUUAACUAUACUGACUGUCAUGGCUUAUGACAGAUAUAUCGCUAUCUGCUGUCCACUGAGGUAUAAUUGCAUCAUGAGUCAUAAUUACUUGAUUAAAAUAAUCAUUGUAAUGUGGCUUUUGAUAAUUUCUCUGGUUGUGGUUUUGCUAUCACUGGUCACUCGCUUUAAAAUCUGUAGAACAACAAUAGUGGCACCGAUUUGUAACAAUCCAUCAUUGGUGAAGCUUAUUUGUGAUGACACCCGGAUAAACAACUACUACGGGUUGUUUGUAACUGCAUUUGUUCAAGGAAUGUCAUUGAUUGUGGUUAUAUUCACAUAUAUCCAGAUUCUGUUUGCCUGUGUCAUGAAUAAGUCAUCUGAUGCUAAGAGCAAGGCUAUUCAAACAUGUGGUACACAUCUUGUAGUGUUCCUAUUCUUAGAGUUCAAUUCCUGCUUCAGCGUGUUAGCUCUUCGAUUUGAGGAUAAAUACCCUUCUUUAAGGAAUGCUUUUGGACUAUCAAUUAUGGUAUUCCCUCCAAUUUUGAAUCCUCUUUUAUAUGGUCUAAAAACAAAGGAAAUUCGCCAAAAUGUUCUGCAAUUCUACAAACGAAAGGUAUCUUCAGGCAAAUGA